CAACCCUCCCUCCUCCGGGCCCCGCGUGUCCCCGUGACGAGGCUGCACCGAGCAGCCGCGGGCUGAGUCCAUCCCGCCGCAUCAGUCCCGGGGUGCAGCCAGGGUGAGGUGGGUGGGGGCGAGCAGCGCACAGAGAGCCCUGAGCGCCUCCAGAAUGGUGCUGGAAGGAAACCCUGACGUGGGAUCCCCUCGAACCUUGGACCUCCAGCACCCAGGGAACAAGGGCUCUUGCAUCCUCUCUUCUUCUGGUGAAGACGCACUGCCAGGCGAGGAACCCAUCAAGUAUGGUGAACUCAUCGUCCUGGGCUACAAUGGGUGUCUGGCAAGUGGGGACAAGGGCCGCCGCCGAAGCCGCCUGGCACUGAACCGCCGGCCUCAUGCCAACGGAGUGAAGCCAGAUGUCAUGCACCACAUCUCCACACCACUCGUCUCCAAGGCCCUGAGUAACCGAGGCCAGCAUAGCAUCUCGUACACACUGUCCCGGAGCCACUCGGUCAUAGUGGAGUACACACAUGACAGCGACACAGACAUGUUCCAGAUUGGCCGCUCUACCGAAAACAUGAUUGACUUUGUGGUAACAGACACAUCUCCUGGCGGAGGAGCCACAGAGGGCCCUUCCACCCAAAGUACCAUCUCCCGCUAUGCCUGCCGCAUCCUCUGUGACCGCCGGCCACCCUAUACUGCCCGCAUCUAUGCUGCUGGCUUCGAUGCCUCUAGCAACAUUUUUCUUGGAGAGCGGGCAGCCAAAUGGAGGACUCCUGAUGGUCUGAUGGACGGCCUGACAACCAACGGGGUCCUGGUGAUGCACCCAGCUGGUGGCUUCUCCGAGGACUCUGCCCCAGGUGUCUGGAGGGAGAUUUCUGUCUGCGGGAAUGUGUACACAUUGCGGGAUAGCCGCUCAGCCCAGCAGCGGGGGAAGCUGGUGGAAAACGAAUCCAACGUCCUGCAAGAUGGUUCGCUCAUCGACCUAUGUGGGGCCACGCUGCUGUGGCGCACUCCAGCAGGGUUGCUGAGGGCACCCACACUGAAACAACUGGAGGCCCAGCGACAGGAGGCCAACGCAGCACGGCCCCAGUGUCCUGUGGGCCUCAGCACCUUGGCCUUCCCCAGUCCAGCCCGUGGCCGCACAGCACCUGACAAGCAACAGCCCUGGGUCUACGUCCGUUGUGGUCAUGUCCAUGGCUACCAUGGUUGGGGCUGCCGGAGGGAGCGAGGCCCUCAAGAGCGGCCCAUGGCAGAUACCCAGUACAUCCUGCCCAAUGACAUCGGCGUGUCUAGCCUGGACUGCCGUGAGGCCUUCCGUCUGCUGUCACCCACAGAGCGCCUUUAUGCCCAUCACCUGUCCAGGGCUGCUUGGUACGGAGGCCUGGCUGUGCUGCUCCAAACCUCCCCUGAAGCCCCCUACAUCUAUGCCCUGCUUAGCCGCCUCUUCCGUGCUCAGGACCCUGACCAGCUGCGCCAACAUGCCCUGGCUGAGGGCCUUACUGAAGAAGAGUACCAGGCAUUCCUGGUCUAUGCUGCAGGGGUCUACUCCAACAUGGGCAACUAUAAGUCCUUCGGUGACACCAAAUUUGUUCCUAACCUGCCUAAGGAAAAGUUGGAACGUGUGAUCCUGGGCAGUAAGGCUGCUCAGCAGCAGCCAGAAGUUAGGGAACUCUGGCAGAUCUGUGGGGAGCUCAUGUUCUCCCUGGACCCAAGACUUCGACACCUAGGGCUGGGGAAUGAGGGAGUCACCACCUAUUUCUCUGGGAAUUGUACCAUGGAAGAUGCUAAGCUGGCCCAGGGCUUCCUGGACUCUCAGAACCUCAGUGCGUACAACACACGGCUCUUCAAGGUGGUCGACCAGGAAGGGAAGUCCCACUAUGAGGUGCGACUGGCUUCAGUACUGAACACAGACCCUGCUCUCGACUCUGAAUUGACUUCCAAGCUGAAGAGCUAUGAGUUCCAGGGAAGCCAUUUCCGGGUCACUCGGGGGGACUAUGCCCCCAUCCUCCAGAAGGUGGUGGAACACUUGGAGAAAGCCAAAACAUAUGCGGCCAACAGCCACCAGGAGCAGAUGCUGGCCCAGUACGUGGAGAGCUUCACCCAGGGCUCCAUUGAGGCCCAUAAGAGGGGCUCCCGCUUCUGGAUUCAGGACAAAGGCCCCAUUGUAGAGAGUUACAUUGGCUUCAUUGAGAGCUACCGUGACCCCUUUGGCUCCCGAGGAGAAUUUGAAGGUUUCGUAGCCAUGGUGAACAAAGCCAUGAGUGCCAAGUUUGAGCGGCUGGUGGCGAGUGCUGAGCAGCUGCUGAAGGAGCUACCCUGGCCUCCUGCUUUUGAAAAGGACAAGUUCCUCACUCCUGACUUCACCUCCCUGGAUGUCCUCACCUUUGCUGGCUCUGGUAUCCCUGCCGGCAUCAACAUCCCCAACUAUGACGACCUGAGACAGACAGAAGGCUUUAAGAAUGUGUCUCUUGGGAAUGUGUUGGCUGUGGCCUAUGCCACAAAGCGGGAGAAACUCACAUUCUUGGAGGAAGAGGACAAGGACCUGUAUAUCCGCUGGAAGGGGCCGUCCUUUGACGUGCAGGUGGGGUUGCAUGAGCUGUUGGGCCAUGGCAGCGGCAAGCUCUUUGUGCAGGAUGAGAAAGGUGCGUUCAACUUUGACCAAGAUACAGUGAUCAACCCAGAGACUGGGGAGCAGAUUCAGAGCUGGUACCGAAGUGGAGAGACAUGGGAUAGCAAAUUCAGCACCAUUGCCUCCAGCUACGAAGAAUGCCGGGCCGAGAGUGUGGGCCUCUACCUCUGCCUCAACCCCCAAGUGCUGGAGAUCUUUGGCUUUGAGGGAGCUGACGCAGAAGACGUAAUCUACGUGAACUGGCUCAACAUGGUUCGGGCUGGGCUGUUGGCUUUGGAGUUCUACACUCCAGAAGCGGCCAACUGGCGACAGGCCCACAUGCAGGCCCGGUUCGUGAUCCUGAGGGUUUUGCUGGAGGCUGGCGAAGGACUUGUUACCGUCACUCCCACCACAGGCUCUGAUGGGCGCCCGGAUGCCCGUGUCCACCUAGACCGCAGCAAGAUCCGGUCAGUGGGCAAACCUGCUUUGGAGCGGUUCCUACGGAGACUCCAGGUGCUGAAGUCCACCGGGGAUGUGGUUGCAGGACGGGCCCUGUACGAGGGGUAUGCUACGGUCACUGAUGCACCCCCAGAGUGCUUCCUCACCCUCAGGGACACAGUACUGCUGCGCAAAGAAUCCCGGAAGCUUAUUGUUCAGCCCAACACUCGCCUUGAAGGCGCAGAAGUACAGCUUGUAGAGUAUGAGGCCUCAGCUGCUGGUCUCAUCCGAUCCUUCCGUGAGCGUUUUCCAGAAGAUGGGCCUGAAUUGGAGGAGGUCCUUACCCAGCUGGCCACAGCAGAUGCCCAAUUCUGGAGGGACCAGGUCAAGGAGACCCCAGCUGGCCAGUCUUGAGAAGAUGGUGUGAUCCCCUUCCCCACACCCAUCCAACCAGGGCUGUCAGUGGCCCUGCAUUGUGUUUGUGAUUAGGAGUCGGGAGAGGGGCGGAAGCUCGGACUCUGGUGCUACCUCAGCUGAGGGUGGUAAUACUAACCCUUCCAUUUAUCAGCACUUUCCAGUUUACCAAGUACUUCCUCAGUUCCUUGAUCUGCACUGCCAUCUUUGGAGGGAGUUCCGGUUUCCCACGUGGGAAAGUGGCAGUUCUGAGGAGUGACUGGCCUAAAGCCUGCAGGUGGCAUGUGACAGAGCCAGGGCUCAAAGCAUUCUCACCAAAUCCAAUGCUCUUCGUGUAUUACGUUUAUAGCCAGAAAAAUAAAUGCCACAGACAACCAUGA